CUAUAAAUAGCCGCCAAUGGGCGGCCCGCGACGCGCCCCUUAAGAGCCCCUGGAGCGGCGAGCUGCUGCUGUUCUGCGCUGCGCCCGGAGCUGCCAAAGGACCCAGCGCCCCCGUCGCGCCCGGCCUCCCGCCCGCCGCCGCCGCCAUGCCCUUCUCCAACAGCCACAAUACACUGAAGCUGCGCUUCCCGGCGGAGGACGAGUUCCCCGACCUGAGCAGCCACAACAACCACAUGGCCAAGGUGCUGACCCCCGAGCUGUAUGCCGAGCUGAGAGCCAGGUGCACCCCGAGUGGCUUCACGUUGGACGACGCCAUCCAGACCGGCGUAGACAACCCGGGGCAUCCGUACAUCUUGACCGUGGGCGCCGUGGCGGGCGACGAGGAGUCCUACGACGUGUUCAAGGAGCUCUUCGACCCCAUCAUCGAGGACCGGCACGGCGGCUACCAGCCCAGCGAUGAGCACAAGACGGAUCUGAACCCAGACAACCUGCAGGUGAGGGGCGGCGGCCGGGUCCGGGUGGCUGAGGGAGGGGGGUCUCUCGGUGCUCCCUCGCACCGGUAUCUUGCUGCCCAUCCCCAGGGUGGCGAUGACCUGGACCCCAACUACGUGCUGAGCUCGCGGGUGCGCACUGGCCGCAGCAUCCGCGGCUUCUGUCUCCCCCCGCACUGCAGUCGCGGGGAGCGCCGCGCCAUCGAGAAGCUGGCGGUGGAAGCUCUGGCCAGCCUGGAUGGAGACCUGGCGGGCAGGUACUACGCCCUCAAGAGCAUGACCGAGGCGGAGCAGCAGCAGCUCAUCGACGACCAUUUCCUCUUCGACAAGCCCGUGUCGCCGCUACUGCUGGCCUCGGGUAUGGCCCGCGACUGGCCCGACGCGCGCGGCAUCUGGCACAAUGACAAUAAGACCUUCUUGGUGUGGAUCAACGAGGAGGACCAUCUGCGUGUCAUCUCCAUGCAGAAGGGAGGCAACAUGAAGGAGGUGUUCACCCGCUUCUGCACUGGCCUCACCCAGAUCGAAACUCUCUUCAAGUCUAAGAACUACGAGUUCAUGUGGAACCCUCACCUGGGCUACAUCCUCACCUGCCCAUCCAACCUGGGCACUGGGCUUCGGGCAGGUGUGCACAUCAAGCUGCCCCAUCUGGGCAAGCACGACAAGUUCCCUGAGGUGCUCAAAAGGCUUCGGCUUCAGAAGCGAGGCACAGGUGGUGUGGACACAGCCGCUGUGGGCGGGGUCUUUGACGUCUCCAAUGCUGACCGCCUGGGCUUCUCCGAGGUGGAGCUGGUGCAGAUGGUGGUGGACGGGGUGAAGCUGCUCAUUGAGAUGGAGCAGCGGCUUGAGCAGGGCCAGGCCAUCGAUGACCUCAUGCCUGCCCAGAAGUGAAGCCUGGCCUUUGCCACCACCAGCCUGCUACUUCCUAACUUAUUGCCCGGGCAGUGCCCGCCAUGCAUCCCUGAUGUUUGCUGCCUGGUGGCUAAGCCCUUAGCCUCGCUGUAGAGACUUCUGUCAUCCUGGGUAGAGUUUAUUUUUUUGAUGGCUAAGCUGUUGCUGAUACUGAAAUAAACUAGGGUUUGGCCUGCCCUGUGUCUCUGAA